CUUAGAGGCAUUCGUGUGCUUUUUCUCACGCAGGCAUUUAGUCAUGAACGUCAGCUUGCGCGAUGACGACGUGGUCAAGCUGUUUGGCGUCCUGGAAAGCAAUCGCACCAUCUCUGCCCUCGAGAUCCAUUGCAUCACCUUCUGGAGGAGGACCUCCAAAGCGCUGGGGCGAUUGGUCGAGAACAAUCGACUGUUAGUCCUUCUCACCAUCACCGUCAAUAAGAACGACACCGAAGUCGACAGCACGCUACAGGCUCGCUACAUCUGCCGCGAACUCAAGGAGGCCAUCGUUCGGAACCGCUUUCUCAUAGGCUUAACUGUGGAGCUGGGGAUUUCUAAGCCCUCCAACGAACCCGCAAUCAAGAAUGCUCUAGGCCGUAACAUGAUACUCGUCAACGAGGCCACUCGGUUCGUCGCUGGCUCCAUGCACAAGACUGACGCUUUGGCUUUCGAGACCCUGCAGCACUGCGAGUCGGUGCGAAUGAACAUAAACUACAACAGACACAGCGAGUCGGCGGCCAGCAAGAUCGCCCAGGCGCGCGAGAGGCUCGCUUUAAACUACUUCGUGCUCACGGGCGUCGUUAAAGCCAAGAUUGUGUGCCACCGCAACCGCAAGGCAAAAAAGAAGAAGACUUUGUUCGACAAUAUCGGCAGGCACAUGCAGGCGCGCAUCUGCUCCUACCUCAGUUUGACCGACGUCCUGGACGCGUGAGGGCCCAGAGUUUUCUUUGGACACCCAACCCUCCAUCUUCUGACAAUGACGAUAUCAUACGUCAUCCCACACACAAUGUCAAAGCACGUGAAAACUUCAAUGACAAAGAACGUUUAAAACACGUUUGAAAUGGUUUUAGAUAAAUAAA